UGUUUUCGGACGUACACAAAAAUUGUUUACAUCGAGUAAUCGCCAGAGUAUUACUAUAAAACAAGCAAUUGUUGUUCGGAUGUGGUAGUGUAUACACUUUCGGUAAACAACUGUUUUGAACUGAGUAUUGGGAGUUACUUUUGCAGAACUUCGGUUGCCACGACCCCCCAAGUGCAUCGAUCUGCACCAACAACACCUAGCCGCCGUUUUUGUGCCGCGAAAACACAUCGCCUAUAACCGACACCGCCAGCACAACCCAAUUCCCGUGCUAUCGAUCCAUCAUCAAUUACCAUGGAAAUAUCAAGGGAACUGCCAAGGAAAGUCUGACUUCGUGACUUCUGUCGGUGCCGCGACGGUAUGACAGUAGUGUGACGUUGAGCGUGGCAGGAGCGAGUCCGUUUUUUGACAGUGCGCGACCACCGCGGCAGCUGUCCGGCCAAACGAUGACGGCGAAGAGCUGAUAGGGUGUCCGGAGAGAUGUACUUCGAAGUGGACGGGACGGAGAAUAUGAACGGCGCGGGCGAAAGUGCAGGGGAUGCAGAAUACGAAGCCGACGUGAAGACACUACAAAACUGCCUAUUUCCACCUCAACUGACCUCGUCUAACAGUUAUUUUUCGAAUUUCUUUAUCAAGACUACAGCUUCCUUCAACGAAGACGAUGAGGAGCUUCGCAUUAAAAUUAAAGAAUCGUUCGUGGCACGGGAACUGUUUCCUAGCAUCAAAGAUGCCGCUUUUGUUCUGCAACCACCAAGAUGGCCAACUGAAUGUCAGGUAUUAGAAGAAAGGAUAAAACAUAUCAGUUAUAUUCCGCCAUCGCCGGAACCUUACUACUUAGUUACUGGGAAUGAAUGUCAGCCAAAGCCUUCCGGAGAAGAAUGUGGGAUAAUCGUUUACCAAUACACACCAAUUAGUGCUGUAAAUUACUUUAGUAGAUCGAGCGUAGGGGGUAGUCGUUACCUUCUCUCAUCCAACCUGUACCCUGAUGACGAGAGCUUAAGGUUCGAGUCACGUUUCGAGUCAGGAAACUUGGCCAGGGCGAUCAGGAUCACGGCCAGUUACUACGAGCUACACCUUAGGGCCGACCUGUACACCAACAGGCACAUGCAAUGGUUCUAUUUUAGGGUGUCCAAUAUGAAGAAAAAUUCUCUUUACAGAUUUUCAAUAACCAAUUGUUCAAAAGAAAGUAGUUUGUACAACGAAGGAAUGAGACCGCUGAUGUAUUCGACUAAGGAUUCUCAAUUACAUUCCAUUGGAUGGACGAGAUGUGGAAGUAACAUUUCCUAUUUUUCCAACGAUAACGUAACUUCAGAGGACCCUGACCAACCUCAGACUUAUACGUUAACAUUUACAGUAACGUUUCCACAUGAAGAUGAUGAAGUUUAUCUGGCUCAUUGUUAUCCCUACACGUAUUCUGAUCUACAAGAACAUCUCGCCGAGAUCCGAUCACAUCCGGUAAAACAGACGUACAGUACUGUAAGACUACUCUGCAGGACAUUGGCUGGAAAUGACGUUUAUUUUGUUACUAUUACAUCUCCACAAGUGCCAGGUGAACCAAAGAAAAAAAGAGCUGUUGUCAUCACGGCCAGAGUCCAUCCAGGCGAAACCCCCUCCUCCUGGAUCAUGAAAGGCAUCCUGGACUUCCUGACCGGUGACUCGGCACCCGCCAAAGAUCUCAGGGAUAAGUUCAUUUUCAAGAUAGUUCCUAUGCUGAAUCCCGACGGUGUGAUAGUCGGGAACAACAGGUGCUCGUUGUCUGCCAGGGACCUCAACAGACAAUACAGGACCGUCAUGAGGGACGCCUACCCCUCCAUUUGGUAUACGAAACUAAUGGUAAGAAGGUUGUUAGAGGAAUGCGGUGUGGCACUCUACUGCGAUCUGCACGCCCAUUCUAGAAAACAUAACAUUUUUAUUUAUGGUUGCGAAAACAGGAGAGGAGGUGACAGAAGACUGCAGGAACAAGUAUUUCCACUGAUGUUGCAUAAAAACACUGCCGAUAAGUUUUCUUUUGAAAGCUGCAAAUUCCGAAUUCAAAAGGCCAAAGAAGGAACAGGGCGGGUAGUUAUGUGGAUGAUGGGUAUUGCCAAUAGCUACACGUUGGAAGCUUCGUUUGCGGGGUCCAUUUUGGGAGCUAGAACCGAUACGCAUUUUAGCACGCAGGAUUUCGAACAGAUGGGCAAAUCAUUCUGCCAGACGCUGCUGGACUUUUAUGACGAGGAUCCUAGAAAGGAACGACUGCGCACGAAAAUCAUCGAACGAUUGACGAAGGAGGGUUCGAACGCUGACGAACCCACCAACAUCCCCCUCAGCGAUUACUCGAGUGACGAAGGCGACACUUCCAGCAGCAGCGACGAGGUUGGCCGCGACGACAAGGAUGAAGAAAAAGAAUCCUCCCUGCCCAAUCCACCACCACCAUCACCAGCCGUCGUCCAGAAACGUCAGUCGAGACCCCCGAAGUCCUCGCCAGGCUCGAGACCCAAGGUCCAGGUGACGUCACGGAGUCCGGGAGCGCCCUCGCGGAAACCGUUGCCGAUAUGCAAAGCAACCCUAAAGCUGUCCUUGUCGGAUAAAGAAUAUCUUGACAGUAGUUCUGAGAGCGAAGAAGACGAAAAAAUAAUCAAAACAAAAAUCAAAUUUUUUCGAAAGAAAAGAAAGAAGAAAAAAGUUGUUAGGAAGCGAUCAGAGGCUCUUAGAGAACAUUCAGAUAGCGAAGUGUCAUACAAGAAAACGACGACAAGUUUGUCCGUGUUCGAUCUCAUAGCGAACGAGAAAAUCCCUUGUCCGAUUUUAACUCAAAGAUCUAGAACGCCACAACCAAAGAUUUUAACUGACAAGAAGAGCGAAGUUACCAAACAACUCGCUGAAGUACAAGCAAAACUUUACACUCUGAAGAAUAAACUUUGGUUUGGUGUGGGACAAGGUGAUUCGCCUUUGGCUUGCGGUGGAAAUCAAUUUUAUUUUUCAUCCACUAAAACAGUCACAACACAAAAAGUAUCAAGAAAAAUGUCAAAGAAAAAUGGGAAAAAAUCAGAAAAAAAUGUUAAAAAGGAAGCUAAAUCGAAUUUAGAAAAAAUGGAGAAGACUGGAAACAAAGGCCAAAAUGGGUAUAAUAUUAUGCAUUUAACAUUACCAACAUGUUUACAAAUUAAAGCGCCAAUCCGCCGUAAGCUGGACGCAAUCGGAAAAAUUAACUUUAAGAAAAUCGAAAAGCCUGCCCGACACCACGUCCACGCUCACCGACAAACUGAAGGACCUGAACGUCAACGAAGACCGAACUGCCCGAGGUGACAGCAAGCAGAAGAAGAAGAAGCGGAAAGGAAAGUUUUCGAAAAAGGCAAAAGCGGUGACGAACGCGAAAAUUUUCGUUUCUCCUCAGAAAGACUGACAGACUGAAGACAAAAGUCGUGGUAUUUAUGAGUGUUCAAGGAAUGCAUGUUGUUGAUUGAUUUGUAUUCGAUUUGUAUCUUGUAUAUGGGUCACGCACCUGUAAAACGAAAUGUAAUUUAAUUUAGGAAGUUUGUAUACUGCCUCAAAAGUAAAUUAGUGCUGAAUUAUAAUGGUGUA